AACGAAUAUAAACCAAAAUUAUUAAAACUUUUAAAACAAGAUUUCGAAAUUAAACAAGUUAAAGAAAUAUCAGAUCAAAUGAUUCAAAGUUUAACACAAUGUUCAGAAAAACAAACCAAAGCAGAUCAAGAUAAAUUAUUUUAUUUUGGUGAUUUAACACUUAGACAUUCAAUUAACAAUCCAUUGGAAUUAUCACUAGCAGAUAAAGCCAUAUAUAAAGAGUUUGAAGAACUAGUUCAAUCGGAAUUCUUUUUAAAAAGCCGUUGUGAAGAAAUUGGUUUAUCAGAUUUUAUUAGAUUCAGCUAUCCAAAUAAUUGGAAAGAUUAUAAACAGAUUUAUGCAAAUAACAAUUAUUACAAAUGUUUAAUUAAAUUUAUUGGUGCACUUUAUUUAGAAUUUGGUUUUAAAGUAACUCAUCAAUUUAUUCAUAGAGUUAUUUUAGGUUUACCAAAUAAAAAACCAGCUUCAAUUUUAUUAGAAAUUCCAGAAUCAAUUAUGAUUCAAAAGUUUUCAUUAUAUAAAAUAGAAUCACCAGUAAUAAAAACAACCCCAAAUACUCUUGAUUUUCCAUUUUUUACAACAACUAUCGAAUCAGGUUCUUCAGAAGUUUCAAAAGCAUAUGGUUUAACUAAAAACGAAUCUUACAAUUUAGCAUUAAAAUAUUUAAAUGAUCAAAGUAAUUCAUUAUCAAGUUUAAUGGCUCAUAUUUUAAAAAACACAAAAUCUUAUAAUUUUAUAAAAAAAGAUAAAAACAAUUUUAGAAAAGAUAGAAAUAAUUUAAAAUAAAAAAUUUUUAUAAAUAAAUCUUUUUUUUUUUAUGGUAAAUAAAAAAAAUUUAUAUAUAAACUUUAUUUUAAUUAUUAUUUAUUAUUAUAUGACUAUUAUUAUUAUUAUUUAAUAUAUUAUUAUUUAUAAAUUUAUAAUUAUUAUUUAAAUUAAAUAAUUCAAUUAAAGUACUAGAUAAAUUUAAAGAUUUUCUAUAAUAAUGAAAUGAUUCUAUAACUUGAUUUGAAGAGAAAUUACCAAUUGACUGAUUUUUUUGAUAUUGAUCUGAAUAAUAAUUUGAUUUGAUUAUAAAUAUAAAAGACUUUAAACUCCAAUUCUUUUCUAAGCAAUAUCUGUGUAAAUUAAUAGCCCCUAUUGAUUUAGAUUCGUGUGAUUUCUUUAUAUUAAUUUCUUUAUUUGAAUUUGAAUUUAAAUCAUCAUUAGCUAAAUGAAUAAUUGAGUCUAUUGGUAAAAGAGGUUGUUGUUGCUGUAGAUCUUCAUUAUUCUUAUAUAAUUCAUUAAUUGUAUUUUUUAUUGAAUAAAAUCUUGAUAUAUCUAUACUUUUAAAAUAAAAUAUUAAAUUUUGUUGUUGUUGUUGUUGUUGUUUAUAUUUAUUUAUUAAUAAUUCUAAUUUCCAAUUCAUUUUUGAUUUUGAUAAUAUUAUUAUUGAUUUUGAUUUUUUAAAAAUUUGAAGAAAUUGAUAUAAUAUAUUUUAAAAUAUUGAGUGAAGAAUUCUUUUGACCUGUUAUUAAAAUUGUAUUACCAAAUAUAUCAUUAUCUUCAACUGUAUGGUCUAUAU